UAGGAGGGUUGACUGUCAACAUGUAAGAUGGCGGCCCACCACAGACAGAAUGGCGCUGGGCGAAGGAAAGUACAGGUACAUUUAUAUUUCUGUAUUACAACUGUGUAUUCAUGAAAAUGCACACUAUUCCAUAUAGUCUGACAAUGUACAGCACUAAUCUUAGAAAGACAAGGAGGCAAAUUGCAAUCCAAGAAUGCGUCUCUCGUUACUGUUGACUCACCUCAAGCUAGCUAACGUACAUGCUAGUUAGCUAGUAUGCUAAACACACACGAUUUGAAGCAUGAUUAGCUCGAACAAAGUAUCGAACUUGAGAUGUCCGACAUAAAAUUAAGUUUAAUAAUUGGUGCAUUUCUUAGGGUAUGUGUACAUUGUCAUUGAAUUGCGAUUCAAACACGUUAGCUGUGUCAGCUAGCUAACGUUAGCUAGGAUCUUGAAACGUUAGCCUGUAGUUUACAAGCUAGCUAGCUAAUGAUGCGGACUGUGAUCCUCGAUGAACUAGCUAGAUAAGUUAAUGUCGUAGAGCUUCAGCCAACUUUUGGCCAAAGCGGGCAAUGACUUGUAAUGCUAUGAGACCAACUCAGCCAUUGACACAGCGUUAGUCGCGCAUGCGCCAAUGCUAUAGCAGGGGUGUGUUCAGGCUAUUAUUGACCAUCCCACUCCAACUUUAUUUACAGGUGUCUUAUGUGAUAAGAGACGAGGUGGAGAAGUACAAUCGCAAUGGGGUGAACGCUCUUCAGCUGGACCCUGCACUGAACCGGCUCUUCACCGCUGGGAGAGACUCUAUCAUCAGGAUAUGGAGCGUCAACCAGCACAAGGUACUGUAUUGUGGCCCAGUCACCCCUUGAUAAAAUCCUAGCAUAUCCCCAUCAUAUGGAAACCCUUUUGUGAGCUGGUUUCCUGGAUAAUCUCCAUUGAAUGUGUUUUUAGUCCACGACUAGCCUUAAUCUGUGUUUGGGAAACCGGCCCUGUCACCAUGUUAAGUCACGGUCAUCCCGAGUGGCGCAGUGGUCUAAGGCACUGCAUCGCAGUGCUAGCUGUGCCACUAGAGAUCCUGGUUCGAAUCCAGGCUCUGCUGUAGCCGGCCGCAACCGGGAGACCAAUGAGGCGGCGCACAAUUGGCCCAGCGUCGUCCAGGGUAGGGGAGGGAAUGGCCUGCAGGGAGGUAGCUCAGUUGGUAGAGCAUGGCGUUUGCAACGCCAGGGUUGUGGGUUCGAUUCCCACGGGGGGCCAGUAUGAAAAUAAAAAGAAUAAUGUGUGCACUAACUGUAAGUCGCUCUGGAUAAGAGCGUCUGCUAAAUGACGUAAAAUGUAAAUGUUAAGUGAAUGUUAUUUUACCAUAGCAGGACCCUUACAUCGCUUCCAUGGAGCACCAUACAGACUGGGUCAAUGACAUCGUCCUCUGUUGCAAUGGAAAGACAUGUGAGUAUUGUUAAGUUCCCCAGCAAGAAACCAAAAAUUGUCGCUCAGACAGAACGGGGAACUAACAGACACUAACAACAACCAAAACUGGUGGGGUUCUAAGAGUGAGUAAGUAGCUUUGCAAGAGCGAGCCGGAAGCGUGAGGCUGCUUAAUGUACAAGUACACCCCCUGGACAGGACGCUAGUCUAUCGCAGGGCCUUACCCCCCCCGAUCUAUCUCCUUAAAGCUGAGUGCCAAACAGAGACACAUCGGGUCCCAUUUUUACAGUCUUUGGGAUGACUCGGCCAGGGAUUGAACUCACAACCUUCCAAUUUCAGGGCGGACACUAACCACAAGGCCACUGACUUGGUCAGGUUUCUAAAAGACAUUAAUGGUGUCCACUGAAAGUUGUCUAGCAACAACAACUGGGACCUAAAAGACACCCACCAUGAGCGCCCACUAAAUUUGCCCAAGAGGCAAAGAAAAUAUAAACCAAAGUUAAAGACAAGAAGAAAACCAGAAGGUGGAGCAAAAUGAAACCAGGGAAGAUCAAGGAUUGUUUUUUUUAUUUAAAUCAAAUAGAGACUGAAGGUGCUAACCCGCAACAUCUCUCAAGAGCACUGGGCCAGCCACUCUUAAAUAUCACCUGUGCCAGCACAGGUGAAACACCUUCCGACUAACGAGAUGGACAAGCCAGCACAGGUGUAACACAUACUGACUAACGAGGUGGCACCAAUCGGUGCGCCCCACGUGCUAAUGUCCAACCACGAAAUAUAUAAAUCCAAAAACCAAAGCCUGUAACAGUAUUGAACACUGCAUAGCUAGUAGCAACAUCAAACUACGACAGUCAUUCUGUCAUUAUCAGUAGCCUAAUGUAUUUGUUGUAAUCCAUUCUGUUUCUAUAUAUUUUUUUUUUUAAUUCUUUCUUUCCAGUGAUAUCUGCUUCAUCAGACACGACAGUGAAAGUGUGGAAUGCACACAAAGGAUUCUGCAUGUCAACGUUACGGACUCACAAGGUGCAUUUUCUUACAAUCCAUAUUUGGGCUAUGGCUGCAGUUCUUUUGGUUCAGUAAUAUGAUGUCCAUUUACAAAAUACUGUGUUAAACAGUAUAAUAGAGCAUUCCUAUUUGAAAGAAGAAGAAAAAGUGAUGUUGAUUAUGUAUUUCCCCCGUGGCAGGACUGUGUGAAGGCCAAAAAGUGAUGUUGAUGUUGUAUUUCCCCCGUGGCAGGACUGUAUGGCCAAAAAGUGAUGUUGAUGUUGUAUUUCCCCCGUGGCAGGACUGUGUGAAGGCCAAAAAGUGAUGUUGAUGUUGUAUUUCCCCCCGUGGCAGGACUGUGUGAAGGCCAAAAAGUGAUGUUGAUGUUGUAUUUCCUCUGUGGCAGGACUAUGUGAAGGCGUUGGCGUAUGCUAAAGACAAGGAGCUGGUGGCGUCAGCAGGGUUAGACAGACAGAUCUUCCUGUGGGAUGUCAACACACUAACAGCACUGACCGCCUCCAACAACACUGUCACCAGUAAAUGUUAUUUUCUUGAUUUAUACAAUAUUUAGAAGUUGAGUCCCAUUGAGUUAAAAAAUCUUUGCAGGAUGGGUUCGCAGACACAGAUUAAGCCUAGUCCAGGACCAAAUAGCAUUCUCAAUUAAGAUUCUCCAUUGGUUUUUAGUCCAGGACCAAAUAGCAUUCUCAAUUAAGAUUCUCCAUUGGUUUUUAGUCCAGGACCAAAUAGCAUUCUCAAUUAAGAUUCUCCAUUGGUUUUUUAGUCCAGGACCAAAUAGCAUUCUCAAUUAAGAUUCUCCAUUGGUUUUUAGUCCAGGACCAAAUAGCAUUCUCAAUUAAGAUUCUCCAUUGGUUUUUAGUCCAGGACCAAAUAGCAUUCUCAAUUAAGAUUCUCCAUUGGUUUUUAGUCCAGGACCAAAUAGCAUUCUCAAUUAAGAUUCUCCAUUGGUUUUUAGUCCAGGACCAAAUAGCAUUCUCAAUUAAGAUUCUCCAUUGGUUUUUUAGUCCAGGACCAAAUAGCAUUCUCAAUUAAGAUUCUCCAUUGGUUUUUUAGUCCAGGACUAGCCUAAAUCUGUGUCUGGAAAACCGGUAUCUGUUGAAGCGGGAAUCAAGCUUUCGUUUCAUACCGCAAAGCCUUUUAUUUACGAUGCAGUACGUUUCCCUUAACAUAAAGUGUUUCCAAACACAAACCUGUGCGCUGACCGUUGGAAUCUAACCGUUGUGUGUGUGUGUGACAGCAUCGUCCCUCAGUGGGAACAAGGACUCCAUCUACAGCUUGGCUAUGAACCAGAUGGGGACAGUCAUCGUGUCUGGCUCCACUGAAAAGGUUAGAGGGCAACAUUUAGUCACCUUUUUAUUUUUCCAGGUUAAAGUUCACGUUUUUAUUUGAAUUAAUACAAUUGAAUUGUAUGUCUACAGUUGUUAAGGCAGUUGCGGCUGCUUUUUGAAAGUUCACCUUUUAUUUACCAAGCACAAGGUCUAUUGCAUAUUUGUAGACAUGCGUUGGACUUGAAUACACAGUUGUUGCUGGGAUUUUAAAGGUUGUUGUCUCUUCAAUCCGUUGACGUUUCAUCAGGUCCUGAGAGUAUGGGACCCUAGGACGUGUGCUAAGCUGAUGAAGCUGAAAGGCCAUUCCGACAACGUCAAGUCUCUGUUGCUGAACAGGGACGGCACACAGGUACGGUAUAUCUCAAAUCAGCACGGAUGAUACAUUUUCAGAAAAUGGUUAUAAAAAUAAAAUAAAAAACUAUGUGAAACGUAAGCGGUUCUGCCAGAACUUGGUCCUAAAAGAAUGAGUCAUUUCCUUUUCCGUCUAGAAAAAGUUUUGCUACGUUGUGCACUGCUAAACACAACCCUGGUCUGAAUGGGCUAACUCCCUCUGUGGUUCACCCAGUGGGGGGAAAUGUAUCUGACGCUCUAUUACACUAACCUUCCUGUUUGGAUGUCCAUCAGUCUAACUCUCAUCUCUCUGUGCUUCCAGUGUCUGUCAGGCAGCUCAGAUGGGACCAUCAGGCUGUGGUCUCUGGGGCAGCAGAGGUGUAUCGCUACGUAUCGGGUCCAUGACGAGGGGGUGUGGGCCCUGCAGGUGAACGAAGCCUUCACACACAUCUACUCUGGAGGCAGAGACAAGAAGAUCUACUGCACUGACCUGAGGAACCCUGAUAUCAGAGUACUCAUCUGUGAAGAGAAGGCCCCUGUACUGAAGGUAAGGGCAUGUUGUUUGUGUAGCUCGGUUGGUAGAGCGUGGCGCUUGCAACGCCAGGGUUGUGGGUUUCGAUUCCCACGGGGAGGUGGGGGGCAGUAUGCGUGUGUUUUCUCCUGUGUUAUGUUUAUGUGCGUUUCUGUGUAUGUGUAUUAACCUGGGUCUGACAUGGGCUAUCCCUCUCCUCCUCAGAUGGAACUGGACAGGUCAGCUGACCCUCCUCCUGUUAUCUGGGUCUCCACCACAAAGUCAUCUGUUAACAAAUGGGUAAACACUAAGUGUGCCUGCCUUCCGGAUCAUUCUGAGGCUUUCUAAGGGUCAGGGGUUGGGGUCAAUUCAGUUUUCGAUUCCAGGAAGUGAAUUGAAAUUCACAUUUAUGACUUAAAAUCGUGUCUUUUCAAAGAUUUCUCAAUUUAAUGUUUCUGUUGCAGUCUCUAAAGGGAAUCCACAACUUUCGGGCAUCUGGGGAUUAUGACAAUGACGUCACCACUCCCCUGAUCCCACUGUGUACAACGCCUGAACAGGUCAUCAAAGGUACGACUACACUAGUGGGUGUGGAGUGAUCUACUUAACUGGAAACAGUUUUCACAUUAAUCUCAGUGCAAGCUGUUCGAUGCCCUCACUCAAACAGCCCCUCAUUGUUUUAAACUAUCUCUAACUGAAUGCAGUGGCUAUGAGGAGAGGCAGAAGGGACACUAGUUUCUAACCAUGAACUAGGCUUGGGCGAUAUACGAUUUAUAGUGUAUACCAGGUUAUUUUCGAAAUACCGAUGGUAUGAUUUUCAAUACCCUCCAAAAUAAGUGUGUGAGAUUAUAUAUAUAUAUAUAUAUAUAUAUAUCUCACACACAGUGCAUUCGGAAAGUAUUCAGACCCCUUGACUUUUUCCACAUUUUGUUAAGUUAAAGCCUUUAUUCUAAAAUGGAUUAAAUAGUUUUUCCCCCUCAUCAAGCUACACACGACUCCAUAAUGACAAAGUGAAAACAGAAAUACCUUAUUUAAUAAGUAUUCAGACCCUUUGCUAUGAGACUCGAAAUUGAGCUCAUGUGCAUCCUGUUUCCAUUGAUCAUCCUUGAGAUGUUUCUACAACUUGAUUGGAGUCCACCUGUGGUAAAUUCAAUUGAUUGGACAUGAUUUGGAAAGGCACACACCUGUCUAUAUAAGGUCCCACAGUUGACAGUGCAUGUCAGAGCAAAAAAAACAAGCCAUGAGGUCGAAGGAUUUGUCCAUACAGCUCCGAAGACAGAAUUGUGUCAAGGCACAGAUCUGGGGAAGGGUACCAAAACAUUUCUGCAGAAUUGAAGGUCCCCAAGAACACAGUGAGGCUGGUAACUAAUGAACUUAUCCUCUGCAGAAGAGUUAACUCUGGGUCUUCCUUUCCUGUGGCGGUCUUCAUGAGAGACAGUUACAUUAUAGCCUGCCUUGUCACAACACAACUGAUUGGCUCAAACACAUUGAUGAAAGAAAUUCCACAAAUUUAACUUUUAACAAGGCACACCUGUUAAUUGAAAUGCAUGAAGCUGGUUGAGAGAAUGCCAAGAGUGUGCAAAGCUGUCAUCAAGGCAAAGGGUGGCUACUUUGAAGAAUCUCAAAUAUAAAAUAUUUAUUUAACACUUUUCUUUUGUUACUACAUGAUUCCAUAUGUGUUAUUUCAUAGUUUUGAUGUCUUCACUAUUAUUCUACAAUGUAGAAAAUAGUAAAAAUAAAGAAAAACCCUAGAAUGAGUAGGUGUGUCCAAACUUUUGACUGGUACUAUAUAUAUAUAUAUAUCGCCCCUUUACAUUCGGUAAUACAAUAUAUCCCUAUGGUACAGAAAUUGUAUGAAAAUCUGGAUACCGCCCAACCCUACCAUGAACAGGCUCAUAACUCUUGCUGCUGGUAUGGUCUUAGGGUGAUAAAACCAGAACUACUGUACAUAUUUGCUUUUGUAGGAGGGGCCAGUAUAAUUCAGUGUCACAUUCUGAAUGACAAGAGGCACAUCGUCACCAAAGACACCAACAACAACGUUGGAUUCUGGGACGUGCUGAAAGCCUGCAAGGGAGAGGACCUGGGGAAAGUAGAGUUUGACGAAGAGAUCAAGAAGAGGUUCAAGCAUGUCUAUGUCCCAAACUGGUUCUCUGUUGACCUCAAGACAGGGGUAGGUUUUUAGGUUUAUAACCUAGAAAUACCACACUUACUCAAUGCUGAAUAGGUGAAGCUAGAUGACAUUGGUUGAUGUUGUUUCUCCCUCCCUCUGUGUGUUGCCGGAUAGAUGCUGACCGUCACGCUGGAUGAGAGCGACUGCUUCGCUGCCUGGGUGUCUGCUAAGGAUGCUGGGUUCUCAAGCUCCGAUGGAUCGGACCCAAAAUGUAAGAUUUUUAGGUUUUCAUUUUUAAUAUAACUUCUUCAUAUUAAAUCGCUUUUUAUUCUCUUUAGCUAUGUUAUGAUAUUGCAAUGUUUGUGUGUGUGUGUAGUGAACCUUGGUGGACUGCUACUUCAGGCCCUGCUAGAGUUCUGGCCCAGGACACACCUCAACCCAAUGGAUGAGGAGGAGGAUGAGGUCAACCAUGGUAAACAGGCCUUGUUGUUCUCGUCUAUGUAUCCGGGUUAGGCCCAGAAGAAAUGUCCAUAGACUCACUAUUUCAUCAUAGUAAAUGAUAAUAGGACCAGUAAAAAAAAAAAAAAAGCUGGCAGAGAUUUACAUUGUGAUAAUAGUGACCUUUGACCUUGUCCAACCCCAGCAGCAGUGAAUGGGGAGCAGGAGACGCGGGUGCAGAAGGGGAACGGGUACUUCCAGGUGCCUCCACACACUCCAGUCAUCUUCGGAGAGGCAGGAGGGAGGACUCUGUUCCGGUACAUAUCUCAAUUUUACGAAACCCAUAACUAGCCUGCUAAUAUUGUUGCACUUGCUAAGUGUAGGGGUCCUAGCCUAGUUAAAUGGUCUGUUACCGGACUCAUUAUGUCUAGGGGUCCUAGGUCUGCAACCUGAAUGAAUGUGUGUAUUUGUGAGAAAUCAGCGUUUGAGGACAGUGUUGGAUGCACGUGUGUCCAGGGAGACUGCAACCUUACCUUAAGUCCAGGGCCAGCUCUGUCUUGACUCCUUUGGGUCGGUGAGCCCAAGCUGAUUUAUUAUGGUGACGGAAACAAAUAUAUACAGAAAGGAAAACUACAGACAGGCAUGCCGAAACUAAAGAUUCAAAUUGAAAGGAUUCACGACCACCAAACCAACCAGCAGCCUCACGGCCACCAAACCAACCAGCAGCCUCACAUCUCUGCCAGCUGGGACACUGACUGACGAUCACCUCAAUUGGCAGCACCUGAUGUGCUUAUCAACCCGGCUCAGCAUCUGGACAAGGUUGCUGCUGCCCCCUGUAGGAAUGGAGUGUGGAAGUGUAUCCUGGAUAUUGUGUUUGCUUAUGACCUAACACUAACCCCCCCCCCCCCCCCCCCCAUAUCAUAACACUACUAUUAUAUAAAUACAUUUGAUUGAUGGAUUAUAGAAAUUACGUCGAGGCCAUAUCAUGCAUGCUAUCAUUCAUGUAUGAAUAUGAAUCUCUACCUGUUUUGACACAAAAAAACGGUCCUGUUUGCAUUGUUUAUUUCCCUUCCUGAACUGUUCUUCUAGAUCUCCAGCUAGCCUAUUCUAAUAUAUAGUGUCCUGUUGCAGACUGCUGUGUAGGGACUCGGGUGGGGAGACGGAGUCUAUGUUACUGAAUGAGACAGUCCCACAGUGGGUCAUAGACAUCACCGUGGACGUAAGUACCUUUUUCAGUCUCAACUUGCGUUUUUACUUUUUUUUCCCCCAUCAGACUUGAUUCAUACUUUACACUCUUUUCUUUCUUUCUCCUCCAGAAAAACAUGCCCAAGUUCAACAAGAUCCCAUUCUACCUCCAGCCCCACUCGUCCUCUGGCGCCAAGACACUGAAGAAGUGAGUUUCUAUUUAAUUUUCUCCGUUUCAUGUUUCUUCAUAAGAAAUCACUACAUUCCUAAUUUCGCAUUGCCACACUUCGAAGUCCCUUAUUAACAUUUGGCUUUGAAGUUCUUACAUGAAUCCUUUAUUCUGCUGUUGAUCCUGUACAAAAAAAAAAUACAUCCUGGAACACACGGUUUGAUCUCUGCACAUAAAUGUAUUGUCAAUGUUUCAGUCAAGAGAUCAAGGUCCUACAUCCCAGACACAAAUCCACUGUCGUUGUGUGUGUGUGUGUGUGUGUGUGUGUGUGUGUGUGUCUCUGUAGGGACCGUCUGUCUGCCAGUGACAUGCUGCAGGUGAGGAAGGUGAUGGAACACGUCUAUGAGAAGAUCAUUAACCUGGACACUGAGUCCCAGACCACUGCCUCCUCCUCUGCAGCCAAUGACAAGCCAGGAGAGACUGAGAAGGAUGACGACGUGGCCCUCAUGGCCGAGGAGAAGAUCGAACUCAUGUGUCAGGACCAGGUGGGGACACGCUCCUAAUUCUUCUGUAGUUUGGGGAGGAAUGAUGAAACGUCUUUGCUAUUUAGUAAAGCUUAUGGACCCCAGUUGUUGAAGGAGUGUGUUAUCUGUUGCGAUUUCCUAAGUAUUUGAAAAAGUCCACUACUUGACAGCUUCACCUUUUGAUGGCGGUUUGGGCAAUGUAGUUGGUUGCCUCGAUGUUGAUUUGUAGUUAUUUUGUUUUUGUAUAACAAGUCAUAUUACAGUGUAAUAAUGGCCGUGAUGACUGAAAUGCAUAUCCACCUGACCCACGUCCUGGUUGGUCUUCUCUGCUCUCCCACAGGUCCUGGACCCAAACAUGGACCUGCGAACUGUCAAGCAUUUUAUCUGGAAGAGCGGAGGGGACUUGACACUUCACUAUAGGCAGAAAUCUACGUGAGGCAGACACCUCCAUUAAGGCAUAAAGAGACAGUUUCUUCAAACACUGCCAUCCUCCAUCUUCAGCCCCAGUGACUGGCUGGCCAGGAGAGGUCAGACAUAUAUCCCUGAGGAGCACCCACCCACUAUGUUUAUCAGGGUCGUAUUCAUUAGACACCAAACGGAAGAAACCAGGGACUGUCUGAAUUUGUCCAAUAAGAAUAGCUCUUUUUCAUUUGCCGUUGUAGAAUAUUUUGCUACGUUGUGUAUUAUUGAAUACAACCCAUAAACAUUUGGGGAGAGGUUUCUCUGGCCAUUUGAGGAUGUGGGUGAUUUCGUGUCAUAGGAAACUCAACCGGACAGACCGGUGAAGCCGGGAGACUAGUGAAAGAGGUGAAUGAUGAAUGCAGUUUUCUUUCUGCAUACUGUGCUAUAAUGGAAUGAUCGAUGAAUCAAAUGUUUUAUCUAGCACUGUGUAGGUUAUUUUUAAAACAAUUUUUGUUGUCCUUUUGCUUUGUGGUGUCAGUGUUAAAAAAACAACAAAGAAAGAAUAGUUCUGGAGCCAUGGUAGUAUGUCCGGGGGGGGGGG